AUGUUGCCUCAGGGCAACAUCGAGUCUCUUCAGAGCUGCCUCUGUGAACACGCUGGAAACUACACCUUCAACAGAGCCAAGCUGAUGAACGCCGGUUUCCGGGAGGCCAUGAAGGAGGAGGACUGGGACUGUCUCUUCUUCCACGAUGUGGACCUCAUUCCAGAAGACGACCGGAAUACGUACGUCUGCGACUCGAACCCCAAGCACGCGGCCAUCGCCAUGGACAAGUUCGGCUACAAGUAUCGACACGUCCGAGCGUCCUGCGACGUGACUAAUAUGCGACACAAACGCUACAAAAAAGUGGAUGUCGAGGCGACGAUAUCCCUGCUGCUCUGUCAUGAUUUUGCUGUAAUCGAGCAGCUGUGCUGUUUCUCCUGGAGGAUUGAAGAUGCUCUGCUUCGUGUGUCUGUCAGGUUCAACAUGCUCGCUAAGACGCGUCAGACCUGGAAGACGGACGGGAUGAACACGGUGGAAUACGAGGUCAUCUCGCGGGAAUAUCUGCCCCUGUACACCAACAUCACCGUGAACAUCGGCACGGAGGUCGGCCUGCACCCGCCGCCCCGGACUCACGGGCCUGCUCCCAAGGCCGACGCGAAAGACGCCGCUGAAAAGCUCAAAGAGAAGUAGUUCUCGCUACUCUCGCUUCAGACGGAUAAUCCUAUCAGUACAUGCUGUAUGAAGGUGUUGGGUUUUUUUCCUCUAGAUUUUUCUUCUGUAAGUUUUGUCGCCCGAGUGUCGCUCUGCCUUCACGUCGUCGGGCGUGCUGGAUGAUGAAACGCUUAAAUCUGUUAAAGAUGGAUCAGCUCUUCUAAGUGACGUGCCGCUUCCUCCGGUCCUGCUCUAAUUUAUUCUUCUGAGGGAGCCGCAGCCGAGAGAGGGGGCGGGGCUAACAGUUGGACUCUAUGAGUUUAUAUAUCUGCAGCGCUGUGGUCGCUGGUUUAACCGUGUGAGGCCUUAGAAUCUAUUUUUUUGUCUCGUCUUUUCACUCGUACCUUACUCUGCCGAGGACGGUGGAUUUGAAGGCGCAGCAGUCGCACUGUGUCAGACUCUCGUCUCAAAGCUUCUGUGCUUCUGUUACAGUCAAGGCAAAGUUCUCGUGCACACCUGUCUGUGAACACCUUUAUUUUACAAAGACAAACGUAUCUUUUAAGAUAAUAGAUGAGUUUGUGGGAGUACAGCGGGAGUGAUUUCAUGGUGUAGAUGAAGUUGCGGCUCCUCUUUUUUUCAGCCUUUUACACCAUCUCCUUAAACUUCAGUAUGUCUGACGUCUUCUGAUUGAAUUCAUCUCUUCUGAGUUCAGUGGGGUUAAACUUUGCAUCAAAAUGGAGUCUUUUUUUCUUUUCUCUGACGCUUUAUAUGCAGUGAGUUUAGAUGUGACACUAAUGAUCCUCAAUCUGCACAAAUCUGGGAAAUUAAAUGGAACGAUGAAAUUCAAUGGUCACAUUUAUUAAGCUAAUCAAACAUUAGAAGAAAAGUGUAAUCAAUAUUUAAGGCCAAUGACAUUGGGCAAUAUUUGGGGUACUUUAUGUAAAUCCUGGUGUUUUUAAUAAUUGUUAAAAUCCUUUGGAAGAGGUUUCAAGAGAUGACGACACACUUUAGUGUAAUGCCAGUUACAUUACGAGUCACCUUAAAUAAGAACUUGUUGAUGGAGCUAAAUAGAAAUGUAAGAAGUUGGUGGUGAAACACUGCCCCCAGUGGUCAAAGUUGUAGUUACAUUUUGUAACUUUAAGGUGCCUUUAAACUAUUUUAAUUACUGAAACAAGAACACUGAAUGAUGGCCUUGCAGGAUAUUCAGCUUCCAGGUUUUUCCUGUAACAGCGAGUCAUUUUGGUACAAAUUAUUUGAUAAAACUGGCACCUGCUUUACCUGUUAACCACAGAAAUAUCAGCAGCCACCCACCCAAAUAGUGUUUAUGAGGCAAGUAUGGAGGGCAAAGUUUGUGUGUGUGUGGGGGGGGGACAUGCAUUUAUUUUUGUAAUUUAAACUAAAUAAAUAAAUAAAAUGUGGUUUGAAAAUGUAAACAUUCGAUUUUUAUGUAAUACAGAUUAUGUAGACGACAUGAGCUCAGUCUUGAUUAUAACUGGUUAACUGGCCAAACAGAAUUGAAAAAACACUAAUGUAAGUAUGAAUAAUGCAUGCAGGUGUUGAAUAUUAUUAUUUUUUAACAAACUGUGCACCAACACGGAAAUGGCUCAAAUGUAGUAUUUAACAAGAAAGUAUUUAUUUUCUUGUUAAAUUAUGCCUUUAUUUUGUUAGUCCUCAUUGUAUCCUACAUAUGCCUCAGUUUCUUCCACUGACAGAUCUGUGUAUGUGGGGGGGGUCGUCACCAGUGGGGCUGUAAAACCAAAGAGGAUGCUGACGGUGUGAAAAGCUGUGAAAUAAUAAAGUAUAGUCCAAAUAUUUGUGUAACACUGUCGGUGCAGAAACACUACAGACCACACAGGUAUCAGACAGACUGUAUGUAAAAGAUGGCAGAGAUCUGUGGACUUCCUGUUUCAUGUGACGGUCCAGAAUGAGCGGGCCUCUGAGGAGUCGCAGAACCAGCAUGUACAUUUAUUAAAGUAAAAAUGUUUUUGAUGGAAAGGAUUGAUGUGAUGUCACAGUGGCUCCGUCCAUCAUUUAUAUACAGUCUAUUAUCUGCAGCAGACUUCUGUACGACGCGAUGAACAGGAAGCAGGAAGCAGAAGUGAGCCUCAACUGGCUCUACAUGUGAGUGCAGUCCUUUUUUUGGGGCCACCUGCUGGUCGUUAGAAAAGAUUGCAGGUUUAAGGCACGAUGCUACAGCCAUCUUUUAUAUACAGUUUGUGGACGGGGAUCAUUUUUGACGAUUUUUGGGGUUUUUUUGCUCUGUAAAGACCUUCGUUUUGUCCUGUCCUGUGUCGUUUGAAGACUAUGACUUUACUAUGAAAUCAUAUUCAACCUUUGGCCUUACACACUCAUAUAAUAUCAUCUAUAUAUCUGUACUGGGAGUUAGCAUGCAUGGCCAAGAACAACUUAGUGCUGAAGUUGAUACAUAUCAGUGCUCACUUCAAACAUAUGAAGCAUGCUGUGUUGUGAACUGGAAACUUGUAUUUUGAGCAUUUUCUUCAGCGUAUCAAGCCGCCUCUACCUGUGAAUAUGUUUGAUUCUUUAAGCUGCUUAAACGUUUGCUUUGGUUUGACUCCGUUCUGAUGUGAAAAUAGAAAUCCGUAGCCGCAGAGUGAAGU